UUCUCCACAAUUCAAAAACUUCUCGCUCUUGCUACAAUCGCAAACUACCUUUCUGCGCUGCGCUACAAUCUGCUUUCCGUCUGUAUUGCUGCUGAUCAUGGAUGAUACCGCCAGUAGAAAGAGCGAUCUUGAAAUCGAGGGGUUUAGUCUCUUCGAUGUCUCGUCCGAGGAUGAUUGCCUCCUCAAUUCGCCUCAUUUUGAUCUCAUCUCCAAUCAAUUUUCAGAAGUUCAGAAGGAGGACAGAGUUCUUGAGUUCCUGGGCUCCAUGCAUGAUAGGAGUGAUGAAACUUCAGUCUGCUCUCUUGAAGAGAAGGAAGAAGUAAUGAAACUGUAUGAAUCACCAGAAUUGGGAAAUGCUUUGAGCAAAGAAAAGUAUAACUUGCGCAAAAGUUUGGCAUGGGAUAAUGCCUUCUUCACGAGUGCUGGUGUUCUGGACCCUGAAGAGUUGUCUAGCAUAAUUGAAGGCAACAAGAAGGGUGUAAGACAUAGAUUAUCUGGAAUUCAAGAGGAUACACACAAGUCAGUUGAAUCAGUAACUACAUUAGGAAGUGAUAAUUUGACAAUAGAAAGUCUUGAGGCUGAUUUAUUCGAGGACUUUGUUUUUUUUUUCUUUUUUUCUCUUUUAGCCUCAAAUAACGCAGACCUCAUUUGUAAUAAGAUCAAACACAAAGUUUCUCCUAAGAAGCCAAGUGUUUGCAUUCAAGGAUCAGGAAAGACAUGGAAGCAGGGUUCUGUGCAUCGACAAGUUUCACAGUGUGAAGCUCCAAGAGGAAAGUUGACUACGUCUGCUAGUAAGCCACCAAAGCUACUGAGAAGGGUUAAUCCCAUGUCAACAACAUCGACAAAGAGGGCUUCACUAGAUGUUAACCCGAGUCAAAAUAGAAAGGGAUACGAAAAGUGGCAUGGAUCAUCCCUGGCUUCAGAAAAGAAGAAAAAUGAUAUCAGAUCAUCUAAAUCUUAUUCCUCUGGUUCUGGUGCUAGAACCCCAUCAAGAAGUAAAAGCCAGCCUGGGAAUUCAAAUCCCUCAACUUCGUUGAUGUCAACAACUAAACUUUCCUCAAAUACAUCAGCCUCUAGCUCUAUCAGUGAGUUGUCAUCAGAGUCAUCUGCAAUUUCUACUGUUAAUCAAAGGGCUAGCCUGGAAACUAUUUCUUGCAAAAGGGAUUCUGUAGUAAAUAGCAAUCCCCACAUUUUGAACCCUCAGAGCCAUGUGAAUGGUGUGUCCUCGAUUGGAGAUGAUGCUCGGGUAUCUAGGCUAUCAGGUGGAAGUGCAAAGAGAGCUUCAACAGGCACUGGCCAAGUAAUUCAUCCACCUUCCAUGAGACCCUCAGGCCUUCGGAUGCCAUCACCAAAAAUCGGCUUCUUUGACGUGGUGAGAUCAGGAGGCCGUACUCCAAAUGGGAACAUGCAACCUUGUUCCAGUGGACCUGGUGGCUUGCCUAAACCUGCAAGUGGAGGUCUUAGCCCCAGUGGAAGCUCAACCAGCAUAAGGCCUGGAAAGCUUCAGUCUUCAAGAACUCUCAAAUCAGUAAAGUGCACCAAACCUGAUACCCGUCAAACGACCUUAAAUGGAAAAUCUGGACCUCCUUUAUCCAUGCAGGAAUCCUCAAAUUCCACAAGUAGAUCAGCUUCACGAAAUGCAAAAAAUAUUUCCACUUCAUCUCCAAAAGUUCAGAAAAGAAUAUCACCCAAAACUACUGGAGGAAAGGCCUUAAUGCCUGAGGAAGAGAAACCCAAAGGAGGUGACAAAGUAAUCAAUAAUUCAAAUCCUGGUUUUGCAGAGAAGAGUGAUGCCCCUGCUUCUUUGAAUGAUGAAAUUCCAGGAAGAAAUGUUGCUCCUUAUGCAAAGGACAUCGAGGUGAUUUCUGUUAAUGGAGGACUUGAAAAUGAUGGUGCUAAUGGUUCAAUGUCUAGUGUACAAAAGGUGUUAUCAUCAAGAAAAGGAGGAAAAAAUGGAAGUACAGAAAAGAAAGUUCAUUUUGCAGAUGAAGUUGACAAGUUGAUCAGAAAAGUUGAAACAGUGGAUAUUAUAAAGACAGAAAUUGAUAAAGAGACAACCACUGAUUCUCCUUCUCCUAUUUGUGAGAAGGAGCAAGUUUUGCAUUCCCCAUUAAAGUCUACACUACCUCAGUCUCCACUUGCCUGUGACAGUUUGACUGGCAAGAGGAUGCCUCUUGUGGUUAACAAUUCCUCUCAUGAUAGGGAGGGAGUGCCUGAUACUUUAACUGUGCCAGUGGAGGAAGUAGAGAAUGCAGCUACCUAAUUGCAGAAUCUUUUGCUAGAUAUGUAAUUCCAUUUUCCCCUGUACCAUAUAUACAACCUCCUGAGGGCUUGAGCUGAAAGUUCCAGUUGGAUCCAACUUAAUCAGGGUGCAAAUUGGAUCUGGGAAUGCAUACCACGCUCUUCUGGGAGAAAGAAUUGGGCUGGCGAAUCAUAUGCCUACUCCAGUAUGAAAUAGUUAAUUUCCACGAGGAAUUCUAUGGAUUUAGUGUUAGACUUAGAAUUCGUCUGGGAAUCUGUUACUCGUUUCAGCAAAUUAGUUUAGUUUUCAUCACGAUAUCUUGAACAUGGAUCAUAGCUAGCUUAGAAGUCUACCUAUGAUUUGUUUGUUUUCACUUACAUCCUAGACAAUUUUGGAUGUUCUCAAAGCCUAUUGUCAGGAUUUGUAAUAAAAAUCCGAGACUGUAACGUAGAAUCUUGAUGAAUCAUAUAUCUAUCCCCAAAGCGGAGGCUAAACAGUCGUAUUAUCUAUGUAUGAAUUAUGAAAACUGUAUGUACAAUUGUAGAUUUGCCAGUUUGGCAAAGAAAGGCUUUAAAUGGAA